AUGUCUACUCCUGACAACCAGUCGUACCUGGCUGCUGGCAUCAACAGGCUAUCGCCCUGGGGUCCUCGUAGCCCUGCUACCCCUCGCAGCCCUGUCGCCAAACCGCAAGAUGCUUCUGAGCAGUCUUCCAGCGACGUUGGCCUUAGGCAGCAACGAGGAGGAGACCACAAAGUCAGCCACAGACACCGCCUUAGUCUGAAGCGUUACCCUCGAGACUGCCCACCGAUGCGUGUUCAAUGGUUCUUUGCCGUUGACGUCCCCAAACGCAAACCUGUCUACUCCGAGAAGCCCCUGGGCAAAGUCGAAGGUGUCGAAGCACCCAAAGUUGCUCCGAAGAAGUACGCCCCCUUUUCCCGAAAAGACUCACGCGCCAUCGAAAGGACUUUCCACAGGAUCUCAAAAGAGGACGAUGCUGCUGAGCGCAGGGAGCUUGAAAACACGGAGGAUAUUACAGAUACAAAAGACCUCGGACUUGACCCUCACCACAAAUCUGCUAAAGUCCCUGUCAAUGAAGACUACCUUUUUGAUGUGGAUGUCUUGAACAGAGAGCUUGCCCCUGCGUACUGGCUGGGACCAGUGUAUGAAGUUCGUCGUGGAACUUGGUUCUACCAAGAGGGUGCUGUCCAGAAGCCCUGCGAUGAGAAUCUGGCUGCUCAGCUGGAGGAACAAUACCUUAGGGCUACUCCGUGGCAAUGGAAGAAACAGGAGCCUACUCCUGCAAGAUCAGCUUCACAGUCUCGCUCUACCACUUCAUCACCACUGGCGUCAAAAGGAUCGCUUCCCAAUCUUCGCGACCAGAACGCCAAGGAUGUCGAAGAUGCAGAAUCUGCUCAUCGAGUACAAACAUACCGCCUAUUCGGACCGCAUUCGAAUUCUGUCGUGACUUAUCAGGACGAUAGAACCGCCUGGAUACUUACAGACGACUUUAUCAGCAGAAUGAGUAGCGGUGUCUACAGACGCUUUGCUGGAGGUGCUCAUUACGCUGGUAUCAAAGUCACUCGUGGUUACGUUGUCCAGGCCAAGAAGCCUGACGAGAAGGAGACAAAGGCAGAAUCGGAACCGAAAUCCACCACUGUAGAUGUCCCUACGCAAGAACCUGGGAAGGGAAAAGCGCUUGUGCCUGUGGAUGGAGACAAAUCAGACAGCCUCCAUGCAGAAGUUGCAAGUCCUGAAUCUGAAAAGCACCGCCAGACCUUGGAGCAGCAGAUGAGCUCCCUUGUCAACGCCGGUCAGGAAGACCCUCAAAAACAGGAAGAAGAGGUUCGUAAACGUGAUGAGAAAGAGAUUCAAGACGACUAUCGCGACAGAGAGGGAGAGCAACAAGAUCGUGAGAUUGAACACCUUCUUCUGGUCACCCACGGCAUAGGCCAGCGUCUAGGCCUACGCAUGGAGUCGGUGAAUUUCGUGGGAGAUGUAAAUACCCUGCGAAAGACUCUCAAGGCCGUUUACGGAGAAAGCGCUGAUUUGCAGGCGCUUAAUUCAGAGGUCAACGCACUCCCCAAGAACUGCCGCAUUCAAGUAUUGCCUAUCAACUGGAGGCACAAGUUGGACUUCCCAAACCGUGCUCUCAAGCACAACCGAAAGGAACACGAUCUUGCAUUCGGUGGCUUUGGCGAAGAGGAAGACUACCCGAAUCUUGACAACAUUUCUGUUGAAGGCGUGCCAGCUGUGAGGAAUCUUAUCACCGAUUUAGCCUUGGACAUCCUCCUGUACCAGAGCCCUGCAUACAAGGACGCCAUUGCAACCAUCGUGCUUGAGGAGUGCAACCGGAUAUACAAAUUGUUUUGCGAACGCAAUCCUUCGUUCAAGGGUAAAGUCAGCUUGGUCGGCCACUCGCUGGGGUCAGCCAUCAUGUUCGACAUCUUGUGUCUUCAGGAGAGAAACGAGACCCAGCAAAGACACUCUGGCAAAGCUGCUCGCAACCCCAUGAAGCUGGACUUUGAGGUUGAAGACUUCUACGCCCUCGGGUCGCCGAUCGGUCUUUUCCAGAUGCUGAAAGGCCGCACAAUCUCAGCCAGAGACGCCGGACAGGGCACCCAGAAAUCUAUGGAUUCUCCUUCCGGUGCCUUCUUCGGUUCGACGUCGUCGAGCUCUGACAAUUUGACAGGAAUGGGCACUCAAAACUCUGACCUACCUAUCUCUUCACCAAAGUGCCGACAGGUAUUCAACAUCUUCCAUCCUACCGACCCUAUCAGCUAUCGCAUCGAACCUCUGAUCUCGCCUGCAAUGUCAUCUCUGAAGCCGCAGCCACUACCCUACACCAAGCGAGGCAUCUUUAGUACCGCAACUGGUCAAGGCCUUACAGGUAUCGGCGCGCGUGUAGGCCAGAGCGUCUCUGGACUCUGGUCGAGUUUCAGCUCUGGUAUCGCAAGCAGUCUGCUCAACCGUAGUCUUGGAUUCACAGCCGAAGAUGCAGGCAAACUCGGAGGGCCAGCAGGUACGAGUCAGUCUCGCACUCCGCUUUCUCUAGGCGCCGGAACGAACAUAACUGGAGGCAUAGUUCCUACUGCACCAGUCACAAACACCAAGAUUGAUAAAGUCGACGGAGAUACCACAGACAAAUUGGUCAGCGAUGCGCAGAAAGCUGAUGAGGCUGGUGAACGCCCUCCUACUCUCAUCGAUGCUGAGUUGGAAACGCUGUAUGCUGGCUUCCAGAACACACGAAAGAGCGCACAGAGUGAUGUAGAUCACGACAUGGCCGAAAGCGAACGAGCGGAAGCGGAAGAACGUGGACGUAAGCUGAAGAAGGAAGAGGCCAAGGUUCGAGCACUAAACUCGAAUGGAAGGGUUGAUUACAGCAUCCAAGAGUGA